AUGGCCACUUUCUCUUCGACACCCAUCGUAAUCGAUGGCAAGGGACAUCUUCUCGGUCGGCUGGCCUCGAUCAUCUCCAAGCAAAUUCUUUCCGGACAGAAAAUUGUUGUUGUAAGAUGCGAGGAGAUCAACAUCUCUGGAAGCUUUUUCCGAAACAAACUCCGAUACCACAACUUUUUGCACAAACGCCAUAUUGUCAACCCCAAAAAGUCCGGACCCUUCCACCACCGCGCUCCUUCCAAGAUCCUUUACCGUGCCAUUCGUGGAAUGACCCCGCACAAAAGUCCCCGUGGUGCCGCUGCCCUUGAGCGUCUCAAGCUUUUCGAAGGUGUUCCUCCACCAUACGAUCGCAAGAAGCGUAUGGUUGUCCCUGAGGCUCUUCGGGUCCUGAGGUUGAAGCCCGGCCGCAAAUACUGCACCGUCAAGCGUCUAUCUCAUGAAGUCGGCUGGGGCUACAAGGAUGUUGUUGACCGUCUGGAGGAGAAGAGAAAGAUCAAGGCUCAGGCUUUCCACGAACGCAAGACUGCAGCAAUCAAGCUGCGCCAAAAGGCUGUCGUUGACUCCUCGUCAUCUUUCCCCAAGUUGGCUGAGCUUGGAUAUUAG